AUAUUUUUGAUAAAAGCUGGAUUAUAGUAAUGUUAAUUUCCCUUUAAUAAAUAGGAACUAAGAAAUUAUUUACAUGGCAUAACCAUGAGUCACAAAAGAAAUGGAUUAAAGUUAUGUUCUGCGUAUCGUCAAACUCUGCCGCAGCACUGACUCUUGGUCCCAACCUAAAUAUAAUAUUGGACCAUACAUGAGCUUAGUAUUUUUAAAAUUCCUCUACUUAUUGGUACCCAUGGAAUGGAAAAAGAGGUUGAGACAAUUCCAAAGCCAGAACGAGCCAAAGAAUAGAGUGAGCUGAAGGUAGCUUAUUCUAGAAGGCAUGCUGAGUUUAGACUUUUCCUAAAUGAAGAACAAUAAAAGUUUUACAUACAGUUUAAUAUUGUUUCACAGAGAACCCAUGAAGAUGCUGCUUUGGAUAGUGAAGCAGUCAUUGAUAGUACCGCUCCUAUAGCACACAUUGUAAAGGAAUUUCUAAAACGAGAGUACCAUAACAAGGCUUAUAGGUUUUACCAUCAAUUGUUGGGUAAACGAAAGGCUUUGCACAGUCUUGAUAUUCAUUACACUACACCGGGACAUCCAUUAAAGUAUUUCAAAGAUGACUGGGAUGGAAACAUAGGCACAGACUUCUUUGAGCAAUUUCAAUAUAAAAGCACAAUGCCAAAAGUAAUAACUGAAAUGAAAAAUGUUGAUAAAUAUGAUCCAGUUACUGAUCUUAUGAAAAUAAAAAGUGAUUGGCAUCAUGGUAAUUCGGUAAUAAAAGCAAGUGCUUGCUUAGUAAAAGCUAUGCGUGACAAAUGCGAGCAUCAGUUCAAUGAUGAAGUGAUGCAGGUUCCGCAGUACCUGAUAGACUUAGCAACACGCUUGGAGAAGAAUCCAGAUCCAAAUUUUGAUGCAUCCUUCAACUGGUAUUAUGCAGGCAACGGCAACAUGCAGAUCAUUUGUGUUAACUGGGUUGACUAUACACUUCACAGUGAAUUUGGCACUGUCUAUAUAUCAAAAUUUGACAAGGAUCGUAUUGCACAAGAAAUGGAAAUUUCAGCAAGUUUUGAUUGUGGGAAGGAUAAUCUUAUAUAUGAGACAAUAUGUUCUUCUCAGAAUAUUGUGGCAGUCAGGACUAAACACACAAUAUUCCUGUUAAAAAUUGUUGAAAUUAAUAAUGAAUUGUGUUUUGAGAAACUAAAACAUUUUGAAACAAAUUCAAUAUACACUGGUAUAUCUUUUGAUAGUCAUCACACAUACAUCUUGUAUGCAACAACCUUAGAUAGCAAAUUGACUAUAGUAAACAUAAAUAGAAUGACUGGAAGAAGUGUUAAGUUAAAGAACAAUAGUGAUUCACUUUUGAACAAUUGGAAUUGCAUCAUAGGAGCAGAACGAUGCACAUAUAUGCACAUCGAAAAAGGUGCAAUAACUUUAUAUGACAAGAGAACAAACAGUAAAGUAAAUAUUUGGACAGGAGUUAAAGAUAUUGUUGACACAGUACAUUGUAACAAUAUAUCUGCUGCUAAACACUGUAAAGACAGCCCUUCACUAUAUUUUGCAACUGAUCAUUAUGCUUUCUUGAUGGAUACACGAGCCACUAAGAGUAAAAACCUGAGGGCUGUGCAGCGUUGGACACAUGGUAUGAAGUGUGCGCCGACAUACAUGUUAAUCAAUAAAGCGGCCAACAACAAAGAGCUCAUCACACUGAGCAGCCAAUGGUGCGAAGAUACGUGCGUAAUUAGUAACUAUGCCAAUAGUGUAAUAAACUCAUGUGAAAUUAGUGGUGUUACCAUGCCAUACCAUCCCCCAAACAUAUUAGACGUCUUGAAUCAAGCGCGACAGAACAUGCAAUGCAUCGACCUCUACAGACCUAUUGAGGAGAGACUCUCAACAUCUAUUACUGGCCAAGCUAUGACUGAAAUAGAUGAUCACUUUUGCAUAUUGACACAAAACUCACUGGGAGAUGUUUUCGCUAGAAAUUUAUACCCUAAGUACAUGGAAAGUUUUAUAGAAGAUGAUAGUGUACAAAGAUUACACGAUUGGAGCAAAUCAUAUAAGACAGAUAUAAAGAUAUUUGAAGUUUCUGCUUUAAGAAAUAUAGCAAAUGUUUGGCAUAAAUUAAAGAAAGUGCCUGAUAGUUAUAAUUUUGGUCCCAAGAAUAUUAAGGAAUACUUUGAUGAAUCAAAGGUUUUCGAAUCCUUUGAAAAAGAAGAGUUGAUCCCAGAGUUGCUGGAUGCGUGGUGCGUCGAGCGUGAUGCCGCACAGAUCGCCGCCGCAGAUCAAACUGGAAAUCAGUCUUCAAUAAUGUCAAGGCUGCAUUUUCAAGAUAGUGAUGAUGAAUAAAUAAAAAUGGGUAUUUUUUUUCAUAAACAACUAUAAUUGCCUAAGUAAAAUAAGGUUCAGCUCUCAUCCCCACAAACUCGCAUUACAUUCAUACAAUAAACAUUAAUUCAUAACAUAACAAAUGCUUAAAGGUACUAAAUGUAAUUUUAAAUCUUUUCCUUAGUAACUUUUGGUACACCAGCCCCCUUAGCAUGAGUAGGUGUAAGAUACAUGGCUCGUUUUAUCCACUCUCAAAGUUUUCAAAUUACUAUGGAUUUUGAUAUAUUCUACGGGGGCACAAAAAGGAUUUAAAAUUACAGUUGGUUGACAUUAAAUAACGAUGGACUUAUUUAUAUACAAAGAUUUCGUAAAAACAUAAGAAAUUCUUUUAAACU